AUGGCCGUGCUCACCACGGUGGUCGGCGUGGUGGCCGCGGUGGCCAGCAUGGUCAGCAUGGUGGCUGUGCUCGCCACGGUGGUCGGCAUGGUCGCCACGGUGGUCAUGGUCGGCAUGGUUGCCGUGCUCACGAUGACUGGUGAGAUGUGGACUCUAGCAUUCCAGUGCAAGGGGGCACCUCGAGAAAAAGAAUUCAUCACAGUCAAUAUUGAUAGGGCUGAUAUCUCAUUCUACAACUUGCUUUGUAUGAAAUCAAAGUUUGGGUACGCUGGAGCUUCUCAAGGUCCCAAGAAAGUUGGACGUGGUACCCUAAAAGGAUUAUCGGCUGCCCACAAGAGGAUAAAGGGUGGCUCCCAGAAGCUGCAAAUUGAAUUUUCAGCAAGGCUCGGUGGUCCCAUCGGUCCAAACACCCGCUCAUUUGUGGAUGAAGUGGUAAUGUUUACAAGGAAAAGGGCACCACUUAUUGGAGUGAAAAGGUGGAAAGAAAUAAAGGAAAAUGUUAAAAAUUCUAUAGCAUCCGACGUACUUAAUAGGUGGGACCUACUAAAUACUGAAAAUACAAAGGAAAAGAUAUGGGACAUUGCCAAAGAACGGUACAAGGGAUGGCGGUCAACACUCAGUUCUACAUAUAGAGCAUACGAUAGUUAUUGUGAUAGAAUGGCAAACAAGCCUGAAGAUGUAGAUAUUGUUGAGUGGCACUACUUGAUCUUGUAUUUUGGAACUGAAGCAUUCCAGAAAGUUAGCAGCCAGAACUCCAAAAACCGCAAGGAACAAAAGACAAAGCAUCUGAUGGGAUCCAAACCAUUCUCACAAUAUAGCUAUGAGCAGAGAGACGCAGAAACUGGAGAAGAGCCAAACGAUAUAUCUCUUUGGAUGAAAACUCACACGAAGAAUGGUGAAUGGUCAAACAGUGCAUCUAAGGAUGUCUAUGUGAAAAAAAUUGCAGAAAAAGAAUGUGGCUCCGAAAGAGCCUUCCUUACACCAGAAGAGGAAGACAUUGUUUUUCAGUCCACUUACAAGAAAAGCACAGGUUGCAAAACAUCCAAAAUUCAUGGUUAUGAAUACAUGGCAAAAGUUCCAACAAGGAGUCAACUGAUGGCUGCUAAAUUGGAAGAGCAAGCACGUGCUUCAGCUGCAGCUGAACAAAAAAAUAUUAAGGUCCAAGCAGAGGUAGAAAAGUUAAAAGAGAAAGUUGCAAAUCUAGAAGCUGAAAGGGAAAUGAUCAUUGAAGAAAGUAAGCGGCAGAUUCAACAGGAGGAGGAGAAGAAGAGAGAGGUAUUUAAAGAAGCACUUAGAGAAGAACUUAGGCAAGAAAUGCUUUCUAUGCUAGCUGACCAGAAAAAAGAAGAAUUGAGCAGGUAA